GGAGCGUGUUUUGCACACGCGGGUUGCUUUCUCUCGACCUGGAGUCAGUGGCUACGGGGAUGAAGGCUACUCUGUUCUUGGAGAUUAGGGAGAAGAUGAAGAGCGGAUUGCUGAUUAUUCGUGAAUUAAAUCCAGAAAGCUGGCCUGUGGAUAUUACUCUGAUGCCUUCUUUAAUAGAGCUAAAAAGCGAUAAAGCUAGCAGAGCUUUCGGCCUUCCGCCAGAGGUCAGUAUUGUGCCUUCUUCCUGUCGAGGACUGCAAUAUCAGCCAGGGGAAGGCUUACAUAUGAGGCUGCUUGUUCAAGCAGAUUUCAGUACAAAAUUGACGCCAGCUGUUGGUAACGGCCUAAAAUCCAACAAGAGUUGUACUUUUUUCUGUCAAUGUUGCGGGGAAAGUGUAAUUAAUAAUAGGACAUUUAUCCGGGUUCUUUCACUUCCUUUUGAGAACUGGAAUGAUUUGGUUGACGAAUGGUGUUGCCAUCCUAACCCUUUCAACGAUAGCCUGCUUCAUCCCCAAAUUGAUGACUGUUUUCUUGGGCACAAUUACCUCCUGAUUAGUUCAAGAACUGAGUUAUCAGGAACAGAAUCUGGAAGGCUUCAUUCAGAGGAUGAGUGGACUACAAGUAGUGAGUCGCUCUUGAAUUCACAGGCAAAUAGUAAAAUAAUUUGCAAGCGCUGCAAGACGUCGUUGGGAGAAACUAUGCCCUCAGGUAUCAUAAAAUACUAUUUCACAGAAUUGCUUAUUCAGCCAUCUGAAGACAGCUUUUGCAUAAUACCAAGGUCUUCCUUUAUACAAACUGUUGUAGCCAAAUGCUUCAUGGAACUUACAUUUUCUAGAAGCACGUUUAGGUUCAGCAUCCAAGGAAUGGAUGGCACCGUCUAUAUCUUGAUCUGGGUACUGAAUUGUGACACGCUGAUGGUGGAAACGUCAGGAACCCCAGUUUCCAAAAAUGUUUUUACAUUACUUGAACCUGAGCUGUCAUCUCCUGAAAGGCCUGCUGAGCUUCAUAAGGCUGUUAAAGUUCUUUACCAUCCUUGUACUGAGAACAGAAACAAGGAUCUUGUUGAUGCAUGGAGGGAAGAUAUUGGAGUCUCUCCCCUCACAUUUCCAUCAAAAACCUGUUUGGAACUUCUGUUGAUACUAUCUCAGAGUAAUGCUUCAUUGCCUCCUUCUCUUCGCUGGAUGAAUUCUUUCCAGGUUGCAUUUCUGAAAAUGUACCAUGACCUGUAAAGAAAAACAACCAUCUUUUGUUCUGUCAAGAAUUGUGGAAUAUUAGACCUCAAGUGAAGAUUAUCUUUCUCCAAGUGGUACCAACCAUCCUGAAUCAAAAGCUGGAUAUUUCAGCUUUUUUAUUGACUUUGGAGUCUUCUGAUGUUCAGAAAAUUUGACAGAGGCAAGUUCUUCAAGCAUAGUUGUAAAACCAGAGUUCAGAGAGUGAAUUAAUUUGAAAUGUCAGGAGUCUGAGAUCACUGUAACUAAUAUCCUACUAAUUCCCCAAAGAGAAGUCAAUUAUCUCCUGAAACAACAUCAGCUUUACAAAGAAGGUUUGAUAAGUAGCUCCUUUGCCUUUUUUGAGGAAUUAGGAACCGGCUGCCAGGACUAGACAUUGGAUAUUUUAAUGUCCAAAUGUAAAAGUAAACUGCAACCUCUUUUGGUAAGCUGUGUUUUAGUUAAAAUUGAGAGUUCCUGCAAAGCAAAGGGGUUAAAACAGGACUUCUCAGAGUGUGAAUUGGGUUUCUCUCAGUACCUCCAUCACCUUCCAUUGGAGAAUCUCAAGCAACCUAGAGUGAUCACAAUUUUGUAAAAAAAAAA